CCUUCCCCCUCUCGUUUUCGUUGGAGCCGCCGUCGUCGCCGCAGCCGCCGCCGCUGCUUGCUCUCCGUGCCGUACCCUCGGUCCCCGGCCGCGCGGAGCCGGGAUGCACUGCUCCUGCUGUGGGUCCUCAUCAUGGAGACUAAACGGGUGGAGAUUCCCUGCAGCGUCCUGGACGAUCUCUGCAGCCGAUUUAUUUUGCAUAUUCCCAGCGAGGAAAGAGACAAUGCUAUCCGAGUGUGUUUUCAGAUUGAACUUGCCCAUUGGUUUUACUUGGAUUUCUACAUGCAGAACACACCAGGAUUACCUCAGUGUGGGAUAAGAGACUUUGCUAAAGCUGUCUUCAGUCAUUGUCCAUUUUUGCUGCCUCAAGGUGAAGAUGUGGAAAAAAUUUUGGAUGAAUGGAAGGAAUAUAAAAUGGGAGUGCCAACAUAUGGUGCAAUUAUUCUUGAUGAGACACUUGAAAAUGUAUUACUGGUUCAGGGGUACCUAGCAAAAUCAGGCUGGGGAUUUCCAAAAGGAAAAGUAAAUAAAGAAGAAGCUCCUCAUGAUUGUGCUGCUAGAGAGGUCUUUGAAGAAACUGGUUUUGAUAUUAAAGAUUAUAUUUGUAAGGAUGAUUACAUUGAACUUCGAAUUAAUGACCAGCUUGCUCGUUUGUACAUCAUUCCAGGAAUUCCAAAAGAUACCAAAUUUAACCCGAAAACCAGAAGAGAAAUUCGGCACAUUGAGUGGUUCUCCAUUGAGAAAUUGCCCUGUCAUAGAAAUGAUAUGACCCCAAAAUCCAAACUUGGUUUGGCACCAAACAAAUUUUUUAUGGCCAUUCCUUUUAUCAGACCAUUAAGAGACUGGCUUUCUCGAAGAUAUGGCGAUUCCUCAGAUAGUGACAAUGGAUUUUCCUCAGCUGGUAGCACACCAGCUAAACCCACUGUGGAAAAAUUGAGUCGAACCAAAUUCCGCCACAGUCAGCAAUUAUUUCCUGAAGGUUCUCCCGGUGACCAGUGGGAAAAGCACAGGCAACCACUGCAACAAAAACCAUAUAAUAAUAAUCAUUCUGAAAUGUCUGACCUUUUAAAAGCAAAGAGUCAAAGUAUGAGGGGAAAUGGCAGAAAACAGUAUCAAGAGUCACCUAAUCAAAAGAAAAGAACAAAUGGGGUCCACAGCCAGCCAGGCAAGCAGCAGAAUCCCUUGAUGAAAUGUGAAAAAAAACUUCAUCCACGAAAGCUUCAGGAUACUUUUGAAACAGAUGCUGUAUAUGACUUACCUUGCUCCGGUGAAGACCAGUUGCUAGAACAUGCCGAGGGCCAGUCUGUGGCAUGUAAUGGACGUUGCAAGUUCCCCUUUUCAUCCAGAGCCUUUUUGAGUUUCAAGUUUGACCAUAAUGCUAUAAUGAAAAUCUUGGACCUUUGAUAGCAACAAAUGUGUUGUGGAAGUCUCAAGAUCAGAGACUUGUUGCAUUUGAGUGGGUGUCUCUUUGAGCCUUACCUUUCUCAGGUGUUUUAAAGAAAUGCAGGGAGGCAAUGUUGUUUCUGAAGAGAUGUUCUAUGUGCAGAAGAGAAAGUAGAAAGAAACAUGAAUUUGCACUGUAAAUGCAGUUAUAACUUUUUAUACAUAUGUACCUUUUCAGUGUUUGGCUAAUGAAUUUAAAUUGCUUUUUAUGAGGGCAUUUUUUUCUGUGUGAUUAUGGUUUUUAUUUUGUAUUCUGGUCAAGAAAAUAGUAUUUGAGUCAUCACUAAUAGCUAAGUUAAUGGGAAUGCUCCAUCAACCCAUUACAGUGAUUGUAUUGAUACUACUAGUUUCCUUAUUUUGAAAAUUUUAAAAGAAACUUAAAAUACACAAUUAUUAAAUGAAUACAAGAGCUGAAAUGUCACAGAAGUCAAGAUUGCAGGUCAUCUGCUUUGGUGGCAUUUUGUGCCUAUCUCUGCUUCUAAACACUUAGGUUUUCUAAUCCUCCUCUGCUAGGAGUUUUGUUAAGGUUUUAUUUAGAGUCAGCAUCUGCUAUAUAAUGUUCAUGUUCAAAAUGAACUCUCAGCACUUCAUUAAAGGACAAAGUCCUCAGCCUGGAGAGGGAUUGAGUUGGUGGGGCGGGGAGUUGAUGCUCUAAUUUGAAAUUGUGCUGUGUGCAGUCAGUGAACCUGGGAGACCGUGGAGAGAGGGUAGUGGGGAGAGAACACGGGGGCUGGGACCCCGAAACUGCUUUGGUCACAUCUGCACCAUCCUGUUGCCAGCCCUUUAGUAUCAUAUGAUGAUUUUGUUCUUGUGAAACUUUAUUCUGUAUUAAGUUGUAUAAAUAUGUAUGGAAUACUGACAUUAUUAGGUUUUACAUUGCAUCUCAGUGUUCAUCUUUGGAAACUGAUGGUAUAUUAGGUUCCAAUUUGCAGUAGUAGCAGAGACUGACACACUUUUAUUAGCAUGAAGCCCCUAGAUGAUGGAGCCAAAGGGAAGGGUAUGUAGUUUACCCAAGUACAGAUAAAGCAUUUCACUAGGGGAGGAUCAGAACAUGGAAGUAACAUGUGUAAUUCACUCCUAGGAAUGUAUUUUGCUCCUUUAGGAUUCUUAAAUCCAAAUAAGGAUGGCAGUGCCCAUUUAAAGAAGGAUUUUAGCUAUAUAAUUGAGGACAAUCACCAGGGCUUUAAGGGGCUUUAGUGUUUGGGCUGCUUCUAACCUCAUUGAAGGUGUUUCUUUGGGGGUUGGGGGGAGAGUGUGAGCAUAUGCGUGCAUGUGCUUCUGUCAUGUUGGUUUUAAAAAUCUUUUUUACAUGUGGUAUCCACAAAAUAUAUCUCUGCUUGUAAAUUUUAUUGUAGAAAUCUUUAUUCUGUAUAGAUAGUCUAUUUAAUAGGGGUUCUAUUUAACCCGGUGGGACUUUCAAAAGAAGUGCUAUUGUAAGGAGUUCACUUGGUAUUAAUUUGCUUUAGCUUUUCAAUGGCUUGAUUUUAAAGAAGAAAUUCUAUUUAUUAAUACAAGUGUCACCCUCCUGGUGCUAAGCAGGAUAAUUCAGUUAUAGCAGAGUGUUUAGAAUUAGGUUAUUCACAGUCCUGCGUCUUUUAAUGUGACAAAUUUGUGAAUCCUUCUGUAACCUUUUAAAAAUGCAUUAUAUGAUUGCAUUAGGAAGCUCUUAAUUGUUCUUUCCAAAAAUACAGCUGCUUUGCUUGGGUUUCCUUGAGCCGUAUUUUUAGUUGGUCCCAGCAUUCCAGAUUUCUGUUAAAUUAUGAACAGAAACAGUAAAAACUGUUUGCCUGGCAGGUAAAUCAUUUUCACUCAUAUACUGCCAUCUGGAAACUGUUUAAUUUUUAGUGAUUUUUUAGGGCUUUUCCCUUUUUAAGUGAGUGCUUUGGUCAGUCUUUCUGGUGCCUCAAGUUGGAACUUUCAGCUCUCGAUACUAAAGCAGAAGAGAUUAGUUACCAGAAGUAUGGCCUCCAAUGGUGUUGAGCCUUUUCAAGAACCAACAGAUUAUCUCUUUUCGAUAAUGGUAGUUUAACUAUGGUUAAAUAUUAUUGCUGUUGUGCUGCUUCAUUUAAUGCACUGUGGGUGGAACAAAAUAAGGGUGUUGUUGGAGUGGAACUUUGGUAACCUGAGGCUUUUAGCUCUCUUGACAGUUUGAGAUUUAAAAAAAUGUUAAAAGAUGCGAUUUAAAGUUUAUGUGUGUGAUGUGACUUAACUAUGCAGAAAAUGUAUAAGUUGGAUGUACAUGUUUUAUGUACUUCUGCUAUACUUAUUCCCUCAAACCUGUGUAUUAAGUUUCUCAGUGUUCAGGUUACCUUGAGAAAGGCCAUGCUUAGCAUAGAACUAGCUUUCUCGAUUGAGAAAUUUUAGCAUGGUUUGAAGAAAUCAAGUGAUGAAGGAGAGUGCUGAAUAUGCAGUACUUUACUUCUGUGUGCUGCGUUUUAAGAAGCUAGAUGAGAAAAGGGUUGGCUUCAUUAUGUUUUAUGUCUUUGAGAGAACAGGUCUUUUCAAUCCGCUUUUUCAGUGUUCUUAUGUUCCAGCCUUAUAUGUUCCAAGGUUCAGUGCACUGUGAAUCUUUUAUUUUUUUAAAUUUCUUAGGUGCUUUUAUGUGUAACUGUAGUAAUUUGUAAGAUGUUCAAUGAAUUGUUUUUGUACUUAACCAUUGUAAUCCAGAAGAUAGGGGUAUGGUUUACAUGCUUUCACAAAUUUUUGUUCAGAAAUAGCAAAUGAAUGGUUUUAGGAUUACAAACAGUGAUGCUCUCCUGAGACAUGAGCAUUUGGGUAAGUCUGAGAACCUAAUAGAACUCUUUUAGCAUGGGUGAAAUUUAAAUGAAGAUGUUUGAAAAUUAAGUUGGAUUUUCAUGGUUAUAUAUAAAGGUGAGUUUCCUGUGCUGUAAAGGAAUGGUGGUCACUGCUUGCUGCUUUGAAUAUGGAUAUCCUUAUUUUUCUAUUACGUAUCAAUUAGUAAGUACAGAUGAUGAAGAUGUAUAGCAAAAUUAAUUUUAUGCUAUGAGAUUGGGUUGGUAUUUUGUCUUUUAAGUCUUUAGUAAUUUGUAUGUUAAUAUAAAAAAAAAACUCCUCAAAUCUAAGUGAAUAGCAUCCUUCCACAGGAUUAAAUUUUUCUAUAAAACUUAAUACAUUGUGGUAGUCUUUAGAAAAGUUCAGGUCUGACUGCAUGUGUGCAUUAAAAAAAUUAAAAACAUUUCAUACGUAUUCCAUCACCUUUUUUUUGUUUGCUUGCAACAGUUAACUUGAACAGUAAGGAGCAAAGUCAGUUAAAAAAUUAGACUUUUUGCCGAGUUAUUUUUCUUACUCUGAUGACAUCUCUUGGCUUUUUAUCUUUAUUUUUGUACCAGUGGACCUCCCUCCACCCACUCAGAGAUUUUGUUUUGAUUGACAUCUAUUGAGUCUUUGUAUUCCCUGAGGCAGUAUUUUCUUCGCAUAUUAAUCAUAGUUAAAAGGUCAGAUUUGUUAACAUUUUUCUAAUUGAAGAAAAAUAAGUGUUACCUAGCAAUUCUGACUUGGAUAUUUUCUAGCCUGGGGAAGGGGGCUCACAUGUCACUGUAACUUUAGAUUAAUGGUGAGCAGGACAAAGUCUUGUUCCAUCUGAAGGUAUCAAUACCCUGUAAGUACCUGUCUGUAGAUAAAUGGGUGUUAGUAACAGUUUUGUUAAAUUUUAUUCCUGAUCAUUUGGUAAAGCCUAGAGUUCCUUAUUUUGUAUUCUGUCCUUAGACUUUAAGAUACAUUUGUAUAGUUGCCAAGAAUUCUAAAAAUGAGAUUAUGAUGGGCUUUCUCAGCAUCUUUUUCUUCUUAGAAUUGCGUUGCUCUUGAAGUUUGUACUCCUCUGUCAUAAAGAUGGCAGAUUGCAGAUGGACAGUGUAGGCUCUGUCCCAUGCUUUCAAAGUAGAGCUCUGGAUUGCAGUUUCAAAAAUAUGAUAGGUUUAUUAUUAUAGAAUAAAAGUGCCCUGAAGGAAGAAGAUAGCUAUAGUUGCUGGGCAAAGAAAGCAUGAAGAAGAAAUUUUAGAAGAUAAAAUCAAUUAUUGAGUGCUGUAUGAUGCACGAGGCUAGAAAUGUGAUCAUUGUCUAGCCCAAGCAGAGUCUAAUAUAUGUGGCCAUUACCAAGCGUUUUCUGGCUCUGGGUAUAAUUUUUUCUAAGUAUGGUUGCCAAGCAAUCCAGUAAAUCUAACGUAAUUUUUCUCACUUUAAUGAUCCACGUUCGGGAGUCUGGUCCUUCCUAUGCUGAUUAGAAGUACACGGCUUUCUUACAGAACACAACCCAGAGUACACACAGCCAUAGUCAGCUGUGUGUAAUAGUCACUUCACAUGGUAGCCAUACCUUUGUCCUGAAUAGUGAUCCUUUCCGUCUAGUUUCCUGUUGCAGACAGUAUUUAUUACUGAAUUGGUGGUCUGUAGCUAGGGAACAGAGUAAAGCUACCUCCCCUGCCUGGGAGUGGACUUGAAGGGUUGGCUUCCACUGGCUUUGUUGCUCAGACUUUAACAUAAGGUACAGAGAAGUGUAAACAAGAAACUACGAUAAAUUAGGAAAGUUUUAUCUUGAGAAAAUGUUCAUAAUUUACUCUUUAAUCUGGGUUCCUUAUGAAAUCACCAGUAAAGAGAUUUCAUUUGUCUUGGGUCUUCUGUUGUUAGCAGAGGGCAUGGUCUAGCUAUGGUAGCUUGAAAGCACAAUCUUAGAGGAAUUAACCUUAACAAGGUUGCAUUAGCUGUGUAGUGCUGGUCAAGUGUGCUCUGGGAAAGGGAUUGAAUGCAGAAGUCAACUGCCUAUGUUUGUAACUUUGUUUUGCAUGGACCCUCCUGUUAGUAGCCUUUAAUCCUUCAGUCCAGUGGAAGAAUAAGGCCCUGAACAUAUACUUGAUGCUUUUUUGGUGUUUGGGUGUUCUUUUGGUUAUUGGCCUCUGUCCAGUGAGUGCUGUUUGAAGACCUGUUGUUUCUUAAUCCCUUUUCUGGGGUGACUGAUCAGGAAGCGGCCAUUGAGUCUGCCCCAUGCCACCUGUACCCUGCCCCUACUUCCCCCCUCCCAGUGCCCACCCCGUGUCUUUUUUUUUCUUUUGGUAGAAGAAUCUUUUUUUUUUUUUUUUCUUCUUGUGAUGCAUCCCUAUGGUGAAUCUGCCCCUGUGGGAAUUUACAAGCAGUGAUUGCAUCUUAACUUUGACCGUUGGGCCAUGAGCAGUUAGGAGGGCUGUGGAUGCCUGUGCUGUUUUAUUUUAGUCUCUCAUGCAGGUAGCUGUCACAUUGGUUUGGGAACAAAGGAAACUUCUGUGUAGUUCUAGGGCAAAAUGGGCAGUAUUCUGCUGGUCUUUGAGAGGUGGUCUUAGUUAACAUUCUUAGGUUGUGGACUUUUUGAUGUAGGAUGUAACAUUUUAGUGUACUUACAAUGAAUUGAAUCUGAGUUUCUAAAACAAUCUAUAGCUGCAAACGAUGGUGUGAAACAUUUUUGGCACAAAUCUUCAUUGUUAGUCAUUUCUUAAGCUUUAAGAUAUUAGCUAGAUCUUUGUAAAAUGAUAUCUUCGCUUACUAUGCUUUUGUGAUAUUUAGGAAUAGAUUGUGGAUGGCAGGAAAUGGAAGCAAAGGUUCUCAACUGUGAAUGAAAUUGAGAAAGGUAGUAACUAUUCCUCAGCAGUUUGGUUAGAUGUGUUAAUACUGAAUACUUUUGGAACAAAUGAGUAGCCGUACUCUUCAUGUCUUAACACAUAUGAUAUGCACUGAUAGAAAAGCACAAAAGACCUAUCUGCAGAGUUUCUUUGUGCAUUUCACUACUGUCCUAGGGCACUGUUGUCUCUGGUGGUCAUUUUAGGUUUGUGUUUGGAUCUUGCACAAGUACCUUUUAAUUUCAAAUGCGAGAGCCCAAAGAACUGAUUCUUUAAUUUUACUUUUUUGCUAAUUUCAUUUCAAAAUUAGGACAGGAGACAGGUAACCUGACUUCCAUUUUAUAAAUAUUAUAAACUGUUUUUCUUCAGUAAUAAAUAGGGAAGGAAAAUAAAACCAUGAACU